AUGAUGCUGACAGCAGUGAAGGCCUCGUCUGCCCUGGUGGAGGUUUCGUCUGCCCCCUCCCCGGCUCCUGGGGCUCGCCAGCCACGGGCCGACGCCAAGAUGGUGUGCGACGUGGUGAGUCGGAUGGAGGACACCGAGCCCUUCUCUCCAGAGCUGCUGUCCGCCAUGGUGCGCCUCUGGGGCGACUCGGGGAUCCAGGAGUGCUUCAACCGCUCUCGGGAGUAUCAACUCAACGACUCUGCCAAAUACUACCUGGACAGCCUGGAUCGGAUCGGGGCCAGCGACUACCAGCCCACCGAGCAGGACAUCCUCCGAACCAGGGUCAAAACCACCGGCAUCGUAGAAACCCACUUCACAUUCAAGAACCUUCACUUCAGCUGCGGUGAAGAUCUGAUGGGCCGAGGGGAGGGCGCUACGGGGUGCAGUGCUAUGGGGGAAGCAGCCGCCGUCCUGAGGGACCAACACACCAAGGGGCUUUUGGCAGAUGGGGGCCGAAGCCGCCGCCCGGCCGCCGUUCACGGUCUGAGUGGCCACCCCUGUGGUCUGAGCUCCAUCCACUCGGCUCACCUCUCCCUGCGGCGCCGGGAGUGGGAAGCAGGGCCGUGUGUUUCCAAGAAAGUGAAGGGCUGGAGAAACCGCAUGCAUGAGUCCCUGAAGCUCUUCGACAGCAUCUGCAACAACAAGUGGUUCACGGACACGUCCAUCAUCCUGUUUCUCAACAAGAAGGACCUGUUCGAGGAGAAGAUCAAGAAGUCCCCGCUGACCAUCUGCUUCCCUGAAUACACAGGCCCCAGCGCCUUCACGGAAGCCGUGGCCUACAUCCAGGCCCAGUACGAGAGCAAGAACAAGUCAGCCCACAAGGAGAUCUACACCCACAUCACCUGCGCCACCGACACCAACAACAUCCAGUUUGUCUUUGACGCCGUGACGGACGUCAUCAUCGCCAAAAACCUGCGGGGCUGUGGCCUCUACUGAGCCCCGGCCUGGCCUCCCGCCCGCCACCCCACCCGGCCCGUGCCCCCCACCCCCGGGAACCAGAGCUCGGGCCUCUCAGACUCUCUGCACCGGCAAGCACAGCGGCUGGCACCGAAGGGGGAGGGACCGUCCACGGCCGCCCGGCCCCAGACAUCAGAGCACGUGGUGACACGGGCUGGGCAGGGUCCGAGUACCCGUGCCGCGCCUGGGGCGGGCCACCCCUGCCUGCCUGCCUGCAGCUCCCUUGCCAAGUGCUUUAUCCUCAGGAGGGAGCCAGGGCCGCCAUCGGGGCCCCAGUUGGGCAACCCCUGCACGUGGUUGCUCAGACUGGAAAUG